AGAUGGCGACAUUCCACAAAUCCGAACGAUCGAUCCGAAACGUGCAAUUAUAUCGAAGCGGUAAAUUAGAUUUGUCUUGAUUGAGCCCUGAGUUGAUGUCAACUCCGCCCGUGAAAAUACUUGAAUUGUCUUUUUCAGAUUCAUGUGAGACUAUUGAAUUAGAGGGAAAGCUGGAAGACGAGGUCAUGAUAGCGGCCAGUGAGCCUCGUGCGUAUGUCCCGUUCGGUCGCUCCAUCUCUCGCAAUCACCCCGGCCAAGAUGGCUUGCCCCAGCAGAAGGACCUUGUCUCCGAUCACGAUGUCCCUCUGGCUGCUUUCAAGGAUGUCUCUCUCAGAGAGGGCCCAGAGAGAGAAUCAUGGCAGAUAAGAGAUUGUACAGAUGCAGGGGACUGUGAAGAAGAGCUUUAUUUCAAAGAUAGGGUCGUUGUAUGGAGCAAAGGAUGCGGCUACUCGACGAGCACUGUUCAAAAAUCCUUCACACUCCAAGAUCCAGUUCUGCAGGUCGAAUGGAGUCGGUUUCGAAUACAAAGACAUAAACAGACUGACACCAAGCCAUCUCUUGCUGAGAAUAACCAAGAAGAGGAUGUAGCGGGCAUCAGUAUCACUCACCCUGCUAGCAUCACCGUCUUCACUGAAGCUGGAGAAAAAUUUGUGGCAUCACUUCCAUUUCAGGUCUCAAAAACAUGGAUAGUAGACGGAGGUAUGUUACUGGAACAAGCCGUCUCUCAGACAGAACUAGCCUCGGUUUUUGGCAAACGAGAGAAAGAGAAACUACCGACUCUUUUCAGUUUACUGCAUCCCCUUGAUGAACCAACCCCGGUAUUGUGUAGAAGUGGCAGCAGCGGAAACACUAGAGUCAGCUUCGUGACAGACCCAAUGCAACAGAUUGUCUUUACGAGUCAGAAACCUUCCCUGGUCAUGACCUUUGACCGGUCGAUCGGAGUCCACUCGGUCUGGGCAUUGAGAAAGGUCAAAGAAGAGGAGGCAAACACCGCAGUGAAGCUGUUAGAUGUCCUCAGUGGGUCUCUCUCCCUCCACUCCUCCAUGGCGAACACCACCGGUCUUGGAGCCACACCUAAGCACCAUAGCACCAGCUCUACAGCAAGCCUCCUGGCUGGCCUGAGCAUGAGUGCCCAGUCACGCCUUAGCAUGUCCAGCAUAUCGCCUGCCAUGUCACCGGCACCGGGGUUCCGGGGCUAUGCCCGCACCCUGGCCUCUCCUCAUUUGGCCUCCAGAGGGCAGAGUCCGGCCUUGUCUCACUCAGGAGUGAAUCGAUCCUACUCUCCAGGACACAGCCUUCCCUUCUUGUCUCCAGGAGUUAGCCAGACUCCUAGAUCAUCUUACCCUUGGACGCCCGGUGCAGGUACCACCAACGACAUGACAACAAUGUGUGAGGACAUUGAUGAACCGCUACUUCCCGAACUGUGUCUUGAGCAUUGCUGGACAGAACCUUUCACAGCUAAUAGAGAUGGCAUUCUGGGGCAAGCCUCCAAGGCGUUCUUGACCUCCGACCUGUCGGGUCAGGACUUCCUCUGCUUCCUCCUGCCACGUUAUCGUCAACUCAGGUGCCUGAAGUUCAACUCAAGUAACGACUGCACGCAGCUCAUCUUUGGCAGCCUUACUACGCUCCACGUCAGGGAUGCUGUACAGUUGGAGGAUCUGAAGAUGAUGGCUGUGGUCGAAGCCAACGGGAACCUGGCACUCUAUACCGGCAUCAACAAGGUCGGCAACAUCCUGCUCCCAGGGGUCGCCCCUACCAUCAUGGCCAGCAGCGUAGGACCAGGGGGUACUACCAUGCCACGCCCCAGUACCCCCCUGGAUAGCCCCUACCUGACGUCAUCCCACCUGACAGGUGCCUCGCCUACCCUGAAUGACGAGGUUGGACUUCUCUCACCGGUGCCCGGCGAGGUUAGUCACACCAAGCUCCAAGAAUCGACCUGCAGCGAAGACUUGACCCUGUCGCACAGCGCCACCAGUGGUCAACAUGUCGUCCGACUUCAGGAUCCAGUCAAGAAUAGAUUCACUGUGGUCCUGUCAAAUGAGACUAUGAUAAGGACAUCACUACCAAAAAUAUCAGUAUCAAAUACAGUUAAUCUGUGCCUUGAGGCUGUGAAGUAUGUGUUGCCAAGGGAUACAGCAAUCCAGUUCCAGGCAAAGUGGUAUUCCACCAAUCAUGCACCGGGAGAGAUCCGUGACCAAUCAGAGCUCAUGACCUUUGUGACCUGUUUGUUGAAUAUGAUGGGAUAUAAUACCGAACAGCUUAAUCUAUAUGGUCGGGACACCGAAUCAUCGGGUUCCCCUGGAGUGGCAGCCAAGAAACAUAAACCCUCAGGCUGGGAUGAGGACUGGGAAUAUCUCUUUUCCUCGGACUACCACAGCAAGGUGAAGGAUAACUUCCCAGCAUUCGGCCACCCUGAUAGGGCGCCCUCGCCCAGUGCAAAGGACACGGAAUCGUCCAACGACCCAGCGACUAACCGUAAACCCCUGGAAUCCUCGGCGCUUCUCUUCACUCAAAUACCUGGGCUGGCGUUUGUUCUUCAUCUUGUUUACGAGGAACUGAAAUUGAACAAGUUUUCGAAGGAGGAUGUGAAGGAAUUGGUUGUCGUUCUCAAUCAUCUAGCAUGUGAGUUGGAUUGGUGUCAGUACCAAGACUACUAUCUCAGAAACCACCCAAACCUGUUCAGUUCAACACCAGAGAAAAGCUUAACACCAGAAAUGAAGAAAGAUCUCCAGGUUCCUACGUUCUGGACCCCUCUACCCCCUAGCAUCCAUCGGUACCUCUACAACUACAUCAGGGGGGCAAAACAGGACCCCUUCCCGGUCUUGUCAGGUCUUUGCACCAGAACCAGUGAGGCAGUUUCUCUUUAUAUGCUUUGCAAGGAUGAAGGUAUCCCUGACAUAGCAGGCACACACAGACUCAGUAGAAGACAGUCUGUCAGUGCCUUCCCAUCGGAUCUCAAUUCCAUGGACGGCCUGAACGCUUUCCUGCUGCGCUACCCCGACCUCCCUCCGUCCCAGCGGACAGUGGUCUACAUGAGCCAGCUGGGGUACACCCUGGCCACCCUCAACUCCUUCCCUGUGGGCGUGGCCCUGCCCCUGAUGGAGGCCAUCUCUCAGAGUCGGGAUGCCCCGCCCUCCAGCUGGCCCAAGGGGGCGUACGACCUCCUCUGCAGGCAGGACCUCUCCAACCAGGUCGAGUGGCUUUCAGCGUCCAGUAAGAAACAUCACAGGUCGAAGAUGCACUGUGGUUCACAAGGGCUUGGUCUCAGCACCAUGGCAACCAAACAAGAAGAGCGAGAUGGGAUGGAGCAUCUGGACCAGGAGCUCCUUCGGCUCCGGUUCCCCGACGACCUCCGCGUCCAGGAGGUGAGACGUCUCCUCCAAUCGUCAAAGCCUGUCACCAUCGCUCUCACUCAGAAACCAGAGACAAGUGACCAUGAGUUCAUCGAAGAACAAGAGCUACAUCUCUUACUGGUCUCUCAACGAACAAUGGCUCUUCCAGUUGGCAGGGGCAUCUUCACACUCUGCACUUCCAAUGCUAUCAUCACGGAACCUCUUCACAUUCCAAAGUUGAACCUCACCGGCAAGGCUCCACCACGGAACAACACCAUAAACUUUGUGAACAUCGAUGUGCCAACCAACAUGAAUGCUUGGCCCUUGUUUCACAAUGGAGUUGCCGCAGGGCUUAAGAUUGCCAGAGGAGAUAAUCAGAUUGACUCUGCAUGGAUAGUAUACAACAGACCUCAGACGACCGAGUUAGCCAAUGAGCAUGCUGGAUUCCUAAUGGCCUUGGGUCUCAAUGGCCACCUCUCCAACCUGGAUAAACUCAAUAUACACAACUACCUCUGCUCCGGUCAUGAGAUGACGAGUGUGGGGCUUCUCCUUGGACUUGCAGCUGCAAAACGAGGUACGAUGGACGUCACUACCACCAAGAUCCUAUGCAUCCACAUCAGUUCCUUGCUACCUCCCACGUCCACCGAGCUCGACGUACCUCACAGCGUCCAGGUGGCAGCCAUCUUGGGAACGGGCCUCGUCUAUCAGAAGACAGCACACAGACAUGUUGCCGAAGUGCUGCUUGGGGAAAUAGGUCGUCCUCCAGGACCCGAGCUGAGUAACUGUACCAACCGUGAAUCGUACUCACUCGCUGCCGGGUUAGCCCUUGGUAUGGUCACACUAGGGCGUGGUAGUGGAGCUGUGGGACUUUCAGACCUGAACAUACCGGAUCAGCUAUAUCAUUACAUGGCUGGUGGACACAAGAAAAAUCUGAGUGGCCACAACAGAGAGAAGAAAUCACCAUGUUAUCAGAUACGAGAGGGGGAUCAGGUCAAUCUUGACGUGACCUCACCCGGAGCGACCCUUGCCCUGGGUCUUAUGUUCCUACAAACAGGCAAUAGAGCUGUUGCUGAUUGGCUAGCUGCCCCCGAUACCCAGUCACUGUUAGACAUGGUCAAACCAGACUUCUUGCUUCUCAGGGCCAUCAGUAGAGGACUGGUUUUAUGGGAUGACAUCAGACCAACCUGUGAAUGGGUUGAUAGUAAUAUUCCUCCUAUUGUGAAGAAGUAUGCUUUCAAGGCAAACUUAGAGGAGAGCAGUGGCGAGGAGGGAAUAGAAUAUCAGACAUUGAGCCAAGCUAUCUGUAAUAUAGGAGCAGGGGCUUGCUUUGUAUUGGGACUUCGGUUUGCUGGUACUGCCAACAAAUGUGCUUAUGAGUGUCUGCUCUCUUAUUUGAAGAAACUAAUGAACAGAGCUUCUCAGUCCCUUGUGGAUGUUGCUGGAAGAACAACCUACAAAACAUGUCUGUACACAAUCCUUCUUGCUUCAGCCAUGGUUAUGGCUGGUACUGGCGACAUUGAACUGUUGCGCGUCGCCCGCGGUCUCCGCAGCCGGGUCCACAACGACAUCUCGUACGGCAAUCACAUGGCAUGCUCCAUGGCCAUUGGACUCUUGUUCAUGGGAGGAGGGCGCUAUACCCUCAGCACGUCUCAGGAGUCCGUAGCUGCCCUUGUUACAAGCCUCUUCCCGUGUUUUCCAGGGAACAGUAAAGGCAACAGAUACCAUCUCCAGGCUUUGAGGCACCUGUAUGUGUUAGCAGCUGAGCCGAGGUUGAUCCUUCCUAAAGACGUUGGGACCGGCAAACCUUGCUAUGUACCUCUAGAAGUCACCCUAAAGGAAUCUGAGUGGCAUGAUGAGACGAUCUUGAAGCUGAUGGCGCCCUGCAUCAUCGGUGAACUAUCUACUCUCAAGAGGGUGCGGAUAGUAGGUCCCAGGUACCUCGGUGUGACCCUUGACCUUGAGCAUGACCUUGAGACCCUGAAAGGUCUCUUGACCUCUGGAGGAACCCUGUUUGUCAAGCAGAGAGCUGGACAUCUCUCUUACGCUGAAGAUCCUAAGGGAUACCGUAGUCUUCUGGCCCAGCUCUUGACCCACGAAACCUCUAACCAUUCGACCUCUGACCUCAAGCUGAUUGAGUCUUUCACCUCUGACCCCUACAUCCUCACCUUUGUGAAGCAGUUCUGCUGGUGGAACUCGGAUAAGCCGAAACAGGAAGAUGAGAAGUCGUUAAUGAUGGGUAGUUUGCUCUUUGAGAGUGUCACCAAGGAGAAGUUAUCAGUUCUACCAGUGCUUCUCGAACUACAUCAGUCUUUGGAACAGCCACUUGAGAGCUUGGAUGCAUCUGAUCUAUGGCAGCUCAAGCUGGUACUAGCCUACUAUAGCCAUCAUCCUGCCGUCAAAACUCCUGUGGACAAGUCUAACCAGACCACCGCACAGAGAAGAAGGCUGGUCCAUGCCGAGGCCUGUGCGCACUUCAAAUCAAGACUGGACUCGGUUCUCGACACAUGGCUGCAAGCUCACAGCAGUGAUGUCUUGAGCUACCUUCAGUCGGGAGCUCUCCCCACUGAUGGGAAGGACAGGGCUAUCCUCUACGUCUUCCUACAUGUCUAUGACAUCGCACAUUCCAGUAUGACGAGUCAGACAGCACUUCAAGUUACAGGGGACAGCUCUCUCCCAGAGGUCUAUACAGCUCUCAAGGAUUACCAACUGCCCAUGUCAACAGUUCUUAGGAUAUACCAAUGUUUGCAGAGGACCAGAUAGCACUAGGAUCCACUGAUCAAGGAUUCAGCAAAGACUGAUGCAAGUGUCUCCAGAAUUACUACAUUCUAACACCGGAUGUUCUAAGGAUUCUAUAAAGAAUGUUGUACUAAUGUAUCCAGGAUUACCAACUUCCAACGUCAGUAGUUCUUAGGAUAUUCCAGAUAGCACUAGGAUCCACUGAUCAAGGAUUCAGCAAAGACUGUGAUGCAACUGUCUCCAGAAUUACUACAUUCUAACACCGGAUGUUCUAAGGAUUCCAUAGAAAAUUUUGUACUAAUGUAUCCAGGAUUACCAACUUCCAACGUCAGUAGUUCUUAGGAUAUCCCAGAUAGCACUAGGAUCCACUGAUCAAAAAUUCAGCAAAGACUGUGAUUCUUGUGUCCUCAGGAGUGCUACCUUCCAAUGUCAGAUGUUGAUAGGAUAUAUUAAUGCUCGCAGAGGAUCAGGUUACACCAGAAUAAACUUCACAUUGAUCAAGGAUUCCAUAGAGAAUGUUGUACCAAUGUAUCUAGGAUUACCAACUUCCAAUGUCAGCUGUUCUUAGAAUAUACCAAAAAAAAUUCAGAGGACCAGAUAGCAGUAGCAUCCACUGAUCAAUGAUUCAGUAAAAACAGUGAUUCUAGUGUCCCCAGAAGUGCUACCUUCCAAUGUCAGCUGUUCUUAGAAUAUACAAAAAAAAUUCAGAGGACCAGAUAGCAGUAGGAUCCACUGAUCAAUGAUUCAGUAAAGACUGUGAUUCUAGUGUCCCCAGGAGUGCUACCUUCCAAUGUCAGAUGUUGAUAGGAUAUAUUAAUGCUCGCAGAGGAUCAGGUUACACCAGAAUAAACUUCACAUUGAUCAAGGAUUCCAUAGAGAAUGUUGUACCAAUGUAUCUAGGAUUACCAACUUCCAAUGUCAGCUGUUCUUAGAAUAUACCAAAAAAAAUUCAGAGGACCAGAUAGCAGUAGCAUCCACUGAUCAAUGAUUCAGUAAAAACAGUGAUUCUAGUGUCCCCAGAAGUGCUACCUUCCAAUGUCAGCUGUUCUUAGAAUAUACAAAAAAAAUUCAGAGGACCAGAUAGCAGUAGGAUCCACUGAUCAAUGAUUCAGUAAAGACUGUGAUUCUAGUGUCCCCAGGAGUGCUUCCUUCCAAUGUCAGAUGUUCUUAGAAUAUACUAAUGCUUGCAGAGGACCAGGUUACACCAGAAUGAACUUGACAUUGAUCAAGGAUUCCAUAGAGAAUGUUGUACCAAUGUAUCUAGGAUUACCAACUUCCAAUGUCAGCUGUUCUUAGAAUAUACCAAAAAAAAUUCAGAGGACCAGAUAGCAGUAGCAUCCACUGAUCAAUGAUUCAGUAAAAACAGUGAUUCUAGUGUCCCCAGAAGUGCUACCUUCCAAUGUCAGCUGUUCUUAGAAUAUACAAAAAAAAUUCAGAGGACCAGAUAGCAGUAGGAUCCACUGAACAAGGAUUCAGUAAAGACUGUGAUUCUAGUGUCCCCAGGAGUGCUACCUUCCAAUGUCAGAUGUUCAUAGGAUAUACUAAUGCUUGCGGAGGACCAGUUUACACCAGAAUGAACUUCACAUUGAUCAAGGAUUCCAUAGAGAAUGUUGUACCAAUGUAUCCAGGAUUACCAACUUCCAGUGUCAGCUGUUCUUAGAACAUACCAAUUUUUUUCAGAGGACCAGAUAGCAGUAGGAUCCACUGAUCAAGGAUUCAGUAAAGACUGUGAUUCUAGUGUCCCCAGGAGUGCUACCUUCCAAUGUCAGAUGUUCUUAUACUAAUGCUUGCAGAGGACCAGUUUGCACCAGAAUGAACUUCACAUUGAUCAAGGAUUACAUAGAGAGUGUUAUACUAUGAACUAGAUAGCAGUAGGAUCCACUGAUCAAGGAUUUGCUUAAGAUUGUGAAACCAGUGCCUCAAGGACUACAAGUUGUCCAUGUUGGUUGUCCUUAGGAUUUACAGAUGGACCAGAAAGUGGUAGAAUCCUUGAGGAAUACUAAUCAAGGAUUCAUAGAUAGAGACUGUUUCACUAUUGUCUCCAGAAUAUCUACCUUCCAAUGUCAAUUUUCUCACAAUAUUCCAAUGUUUCCACAUGACCAGAUUGCGCUAUUUUCAAAGAUCCCUGAAGAACUGUGCAUUGAUCAAGGAUUCAAUAAAAACUGUUAUACUAGUGUCUCCAUAAUCACUACCUGUCCAUGUCAGUUGUUCUCAGGAUAUACUAAUGCUUACAGAGGACCGGAUAGCAGUACGAUCUCUGAGGAACUGUACAUAGUUCAGGUGGUCAUCUAGUUUUCCAUCCUAGUAUGUGCAGCGACCAAGACUUAUGUACCAGCCGCAGAGGCAUCUUGCUGAAAGUGUCAACAUGUUUGACUUGUCACUGCCUACAUCAACUGAAAGGAAUAGCGAAGGCUUCUGAUUCACCUAUGCAUUUCGUUAACCGGUUUUCUGCUUGCUGUUAGUGACAGAAGAUGGACGUCCUCUUCAUACAGUCUAUACCAAUUUGACCGAUUUUUACCUUGGAGGGUUUCCAUGAAGACUCACAUAUAGGAGGGUGCAACAGCAGAAUGAGCCAUAUUCUGUAGGAUGCAGGUAGCCAUUUCAUAAACCUGUUUUAAGUUAUGACUGACUUUACAACUGAUUGGAACAUUCUUUUAGGGUCUAUAUCAGAUAAAGAUUCAUCUAAUAAGCAUUUUAAUGCAAGAUUUACUAUUAGUCAAAUAUAACACAGGUUACUCAAAAUUCUGUUUAACUUUGAUGAAAAAAAACCAGGAAGAAUUCCUGACAUCCCAUUCAGCACAAAAACAUGUUCCAGUAUAGCGUAACCAUAUAAACAGUUCAUGAAAAAGCCCCAAGUAGCUUUUAAAAAUUCAGGCAUGAUAUUCUACUAAUUUUAAUCCGAUUUCUGACAAUUAUCUUAUUUUUUCAUAAUUGUGAAUUGUAAUAAAAGAUCAUGUUUAAAAAGAAAACAAAUU